UUGUUGUUUCAGAGCCACCCAUCACACAAGGAGAUGGAAGAACUAGGCCUUAUACGAGGGGACGAGCUUGUCUACCAGGCCGUGCUUCGCCGGGGAUCUGCCAUGGUAAAGGCCUUAGUGCUGUUGCGUGACAACUACCCGAGGGAGGCACCCCUGUUUCUGCUGGUGCUUCAGCUACGGGAGGAGUGCUCCAGCCGGGACGAUGAUGCCGUCAAGGAGUUGGAGCGCGAGCUCAACCUGCACUGCGUGGAGCAGGAGCAGGUGCAGGCAGGCGACCAGCUGCUGAGCUGUCAGCUCCAGCAGCUGCUGGUCUCCAUGGACAUACUGCUCGAGUCACUGUGCGACCAGCUGGACGCACCACGCGAGUUCUCCAGGGACAAGGUGCUCGCCCGGACGGCGAGGGGUCCAGGAAGAAGCCGGCCAUACAAGUUUCUCCCCAAACCAGGCAUUUUCACGCAACGAACAUAACAAUUUGUAUUAACAAUAUGAACAU